CAAAAAACUACAAACUGAAUUUCCGACACGUGAGUUUGGCGGCUGGCACGCAGCGUGAUGACGCACCUUCCAGGUGAGGUCAGGUGGGUUGUAGGGGGCGGAGCCAAACACAUCUGCAGAUCUGUGAGUGCACGUCAUGACAGGCCAUAGGGGAAGAGAAGUUGUCUUUCCAUCGUAGGAAAGUUGGUGGAAGAACAAAAAAGGAGCAUGCCAUCAUAAAGCAGAUCCGGAGGGGAUAUAUAUAUAUAUAUAUAUUAAAUGGAGGAUCAAGGCAAAGAGAUGGCACAGCAAGAAGAGCCUCUGUAUGAUUUCCCAGAACCCUCCCAAGACUCACAGCGCAAGUUGUUGGGGCAUCAAAGAGGUCGAGGAUCCUUGAGAAGCAUCAGCGUACUGGACCGUCUCCUCCUCACAGUCCCUGUCUGGCUUCAGCUGUCGAUCAAUCCUGCAACCGCACUGCACAUACUGCGAAGAGAGCCUCCAGGGGUCUGAAACAAUCUAAUUUGUUUAUUUUUCUAUUCCAUAUCUCUCAUAUCCUCACACCUGCACCUGGUAAUCAGUUGUGUCUUCUUGCAGAACUUCCUGGUUCGAAAGUCUCGCACAUCCCAAAGGAACGUGCUUUGUGUGCGUUUGGCGGAUGACAGCGUGCCAUCCUUCGUUCAGCAGUUUGGCAUCAUAGAGGAGCAGUCCAGUAAGACUCUGUCUCUGGAGACUUCAGUCAUCAGCUUUCCAGAUCUCCCCAGACUCAUUUCCUUCUACUGUGUCAGCAGAGAUGUAUUGCCGUUCCCUCUGGAGUUGCCUGACGCCAUCGCAAAGGCAGCAUCACACAAAGAGCUGGAGUCCAUCUCACAUAUGGGAAUAGAAUUCUGGAGUUCCCAUCUAAAUGUCCGUGGCCCACGAGAGGCACCAAAGCCCCUGAAAGACGAAGACAAGAAACCAGAUGCUGUGCCAUCAGCCCCGCCUACUGCUGCUGCACCCCAAACAAGUUCUGUAGCUCAGCCUGACUCAGCUCCACAACCUGACAACCAGCUCAGUAAAGCUCCUGAAACAGACACUGGCACUAAACCAUCAGGUCCAAAUACCGCCUUGUUCCACGAGUUUUGUCCGAUCACGACACGCAGCCCCAGCGAACUGGACUGUGGCUCAGGCAUGGGUGCUCUCUGUUUCAUCAACCCUCUAUUCCUGCAGUCUCAGAACGCUUUAUGCAGACGGCGCAUGUUCAAGCGCAGCCUCAAGGUUAGGAUUUCCACAGAGACGUCCACUCCUCUGUCGCCACCGCUCGCCCCGCCGCCUCCACCGCCUCUGAUGCCGAAAAAGAAGGGGAGAUGUAAAGUGCAGAAAGGGGGACAAGGAACUGCUCAACCCACUCCUAUUGAUCUAACAGCUCAAGAUACACAGCCUCAACUUCCCACACAGAAAGCUCCCAGUGAAGUGCAGCCUCCAUCAGCAUCUCCUCACCUCCAGCCUGAGAUACAGGAGCACAGUCAAACACAGAUCGAAGCAAACCAAAGUAAAACUGAAGUCAAAGGAAAGUUCCCUACAGCUCAGCUAACGUUAACGGAGAAUCUUCCAGAUGACUCAGACUACAUGAAGCCCUCUCCAGUGAUCAAUCCUUCCCAAUCCCCCUUCCUCUCUCCUUACAUGUCUCCAUCUGUUUCACCCAUGGCACCUCUCCUUUUCCCCAAAGUGUCCCCAUCCAUCUCACCUCGUGACUCCCCCGGCGCUUCUCCCUCCCUAUCGCCUUAUCAAUCCCCGUCUUUAUCUCCCAAGGCUCCGUUCUCUCUCUCUCCGUAUGACUCACCCAGUAAUUCACCCUCUCGUUCCCCUUAUGACUCCCCAUCUCCCUCCCCUCAGGUCCCCUUCUCUCUCUCCCCCUUCACCUCCCAGUCCUUCUCUCAGCUGACAGAACAGGCCUCGAAAACUCAAGCUUCUCCAGAGAGGGAGGCGGAGAAGGACGAAGCAGGUGUGGAUGAACAAAAGGGUGAAGACGUUGAAACAAAAGAAGCUCUGCUCAACGACAGGGAAGAGGAAAGGCAUUUGGUUUUACAGAUGAAUGCUGCAUCUUUAAAUGAUACAGAGACUCCACAGGACUCACUCAACGAACAGGCCGACGGUACAAGCCUUUAGUGAACAUCUGAGAUUGGAACUGAAUUACAUUAUGUGACAUCAGGAAAUAUUGUUUAGGAACUUUUGGAAUUGUAAUGGAGACAGUCAUAAUACUCUGAGUUAUUUUAAAAAAUAAAGCAAAACUUUGA